AUGUCCCGCGUGGGCUCUGGGAGGGGGAGGAACCUGGCGCCCCGGGCACCCCGGACCCCGGCGCGUGGCCGCAGCGCACGCGGGACGCAGGGCCGAGGCCAGGCCGGCGGAAAAGGCUUCUGCGUGGCCAGCACGCAGGUCCGGAGCGGCGGGAGGCCAACGCCACCCACCACUCCCCCAAUCCGGCCUCCAUCCCAGGCUGGCCCGCCUCAACAGGCCAGGGCCCAUCCGCACGUUCCCUGGGCCUCUAACGGGCCCAGCGUCGAUCGGCCCCCCGCGGGGAGCCGCAGCCCGCGUGGCAUGCUUCCGCUCACCCACGCGGCGUGGGUCCCACCGCCAAACUCCCCAUCGCCUUCUGCAAAGAAAAAGCGCAAGUGGAUCGGAGGGACCACCGGACUAAGGGGCUCAGCAGCUCGGGGGCUGCCGGCCCAGGCUGUGCGGGUUUCUCAAAAGAGCAGCGGGGACCGAGCCGCGCCUGCCGACGGGCUGGCGAGCCGGGCGCCCAUUGGCUCCUGGGCACGUCGGCGUCGCCGGCUAGCGCGGGGGCGACCAAUGGGGGCGCGCGGUGCCCGGCGCGCGGCCCGGGCGGCGGGGGGCGCGGCGGCCGCGGCCGUGACGUCACGGGAGGGGGGCCGGCGCCGCCCGCCAGCGGCCGGGAUUACAAGGGAAUGCGCCCGGCAGCGGCGGGAGUCGCCGGGCGCCGCGUCUCCGCCGUCUGCUCCGCCGGCUGCGGGCGGACCCCGGCGGCCGGUGCCAGGCUGCGGGCGGACCCCGGAGGCGGCGGCGGUGGCGGCGGCGGCAGGGUCGCUCCCUGCCGUGGGCACCUGCGCCCGGGGACCCCCGCGCCGCCACCGCCGCCCCCACGUGCGCGGUGGCCCGGACGCGGAGCGCACGGCCUGGCUACCCUCUAUUUGUUUAUUUGGGGUGACAACAAUGGAAGGGACCAGCGGGUCGAGUUUUGGAAUAGACACGAUCUUGUCCAGUGCCAGUUCGGGCAGCCCGGGCGUGAUGAACGGAGAUUUCCGCCCGCUCGGAGAGGCCAGGACCGCCACGGAUUUUAGGAGUCAGGCCACCCCGUCCCCGUGCUCGGAGAUCGACACCGUGGGGACGGCGCCUUCCUCGCCCAUCUCAGUCACCCUGGAGCCCCCGGAGUCGCAUAUGGUCCCAGACGGGCCCCAGCACCACCACCACCACCAUCAUCUCCCGCACAGCCAGCCGCCGCCGCCGCCCGCAGCCUCGGCCCCGACGCAAAGUUUGCAGCCUUCGCCUCAACACCAGCCGCCGCCACCGCCACCGCCGCCGCCACCGCCGGCUGGGCAGCAGCUGGGCUCGGCCCCCGCGGCCCCCAGGACUUCCACCUCUUCUUUUUUAAUCAAGGACAUCUUGGGAGACAGCAAACCCCUGGCCGCUUGCGCGCCCUACAGCACCAGCGUGCCCUCCCCGCACCACACGCCGAAGCCCGAGAACCACGCGGCGCACGACAGCUUCAGGCCCAAGCUGGAGCAAGACGACGGCAAAACCAAGCUGGACAAGCGGGAGGAAACCCAGGGCGACCUCAAAUGCCACGGAACAAAGGAGGAAGGAGACCGAGAGAUCAGUAGCAGCCGAGAGAGUCCGCCGGUGAGAGCCAAGAAGCCCCGAAAAGCCAGGACAGCCUUCUCCGAUCACCAGCUCAAUCAGUUGGAGCGUAGCUUUGAACGACAGAAGUACCUGAGCGUCCAGGACCGCAUGGACUUAGCAGCUGCACUCAAUCUCACUGACACCCAAGUGAAGACCUGGUACCAGAACCGCAGGACCAAGUGGAAGCGGCAGACGGCGGUGGGUCUGGAGCUGCUGGCCGAGGCCGGCAACUACUCGGCGCUGCAGCGGAUGUUCCCCUCGCCCUAUUUCUACCACCCCAGCCUGCUGGGCAGCAUGGACAGCGCCGCGGCGGCCGCGGCGGCCGCCGCCGUGUACAGCAGCGUGUACCGGACUCCGCCCGCGCCCCACCCGCAGCUGCAGCGGCCGCUGGUGCCCCGCGUGCUCAUCCACGGGCUGGGGCCCGGCGGUCAGCCCGGCCUCAACCCUCUGCCCAACCCCAUCCCGGGCACCCCACACCCCCGGUGA